UCACAUACUAUCCAUUUCCAUUUCCAUUUCCAUUUCGAUUCUACCUCAAAUGGAGGCCACCGAUAAAUCUCCACAGCCGUCACUCUCCUUACCAUUGCGAACACGCAUUGUUCUUUCCGCCAUCUCCACUUUCACCGACGCAGCUUGCCGGAAAAACGGCACCGUAAACCGUCGUAUCAUUACCUUAGUUGACUUCAAGAGCCAGGCGACAUCAAAAUCAACCAACGGCGUAUCAACACACGAUGUCGUUCUAGAUCAGACUCGUAACCUAUGGUUCCGAGUCUACGUACCUACUGAACACGCCGGUGAAGAUCUCCCGGUGAUGGUGUUCAUGCACGGCGGCGGAUUUGGUCUUCCUCUCCCCCGAUGCUCUUCCUUACGAUGCCGUGUGCCGUCGUUUCGCAAGAAAAGUCCGGGCCGUCGUUGUUUCUGUGAACUAUCGCCUUGCGCCUGA